CCCGUGUACUUAAUGCAGAGGCCAGGUCCGUCGGGCAGUACAGCCGCAGAUACUACCGCCUUCGUCAGCCGCUGGGAUGGCCUACUGUCUCCGCGUCCUUCGUAGCCAGGGAAUCCCGUGGCUGGACACUUGUAAGGAUAUUCAGCUAAGAUGCUUCCAUGUUUCACCCCUUGCUGCUGCAGCUCGCAAAAUCGCUAUGAGCAGAUUUGACAAAGACAAUUACAUACCCUAUCAGAAACUUGAAGAGAACAUUGGUAUUGUUAAAAGGAGGCUUGGUCGACCUUUGACACUGUCAGAGAAAGUUCUGUAUUCUCACCUGGAUGAGCCAGACAAGCAGGAUAUUCAGCGUGGCACAAGCUAUCUUCGGCUGAAGCCAGAUCGUGUUGCAAUGCAUGAUGCUACUGCACAAAUGGCAAUGCUACAGUUCAUUUCAUCAGGCGUACCAAAAGUUGCUGUCCCAUCAACAAUACAUUGUGAUCACCUUAUUGAGGCACAGGUGGGUGAUGAAAAAGACCUUGCAAGAGCCCAAAAUAUAAAUAAAGAAGUAUAUGAUUUUCUGUGUUCAGCUGGUGCCAAGUAUGGAGUUGGAGUAUGGAAACCUGGUGCUGGGAUUAUUCAUCAGAUAAUCCUUGAGAAUUAUGCAUUCCCAGGACUGUUACUGAUUGGAACUGACUCUCAUAGCACAAAUGGUGGAGGGCUUGGUGCCCUCUGUAUUGGAGUUGGUGGAGCUGAUGCUGUUGACGCAAUGGCCAAUAUUCCAUGGGAGCUCAAAUGCCCUAAGGUGAUUGGCGUAAAGCUCACAGGCAAACUAAAGGGGUGGGCUUCACCUAAAGAUGUCAUUUUGAAAGUCGCUGGAAUCCUUACUGUUAAGGGAGGUACAGGUGCUAUUAUGGAGUACUAUGGUCCUGGAGUUGAUUCCAUUUCAUGUGCUGGUAUGGCCACAAUCUGUAACAUGGGUGCUGAAAUUGGUGCAACAACAUCAAUUUUCCCAUACAAUCAACGUAUGAAAGACUAUUUGUUAGCUACAAAUAGAAAGGAAAUUGCUGAAGAAGCAGACAAAUAUGCUAAGACACUAUUUACGGCAGACCCUGGAGCUCCUUAUGAUCAGACAAUAGAACUAGAUUUGGAUACACUAGAACCACACAUCAAUGGACCUUUCACACCAGAUUUGUGCCACCCUAUCUCGAAACUUGGACAAACAGCUAAAGAAAAAGGUUGGCCUUUGGAUAUUAGAGUGGGGCUCAUUGGUAGCUGUACCAAUUCUAGCUAUGAAGACUUGGGUCGAUGUUCAAGUAUUGCCAAGGAAGCAAUGAAGCAUGGACUCAAAUCUAAAAUUCCUUUUUAUAUAACACCUGGGUCUGAACAAAUUCGAGCAACGAUUGAGAGGGAUGGGAUUGCAGGAACAUUACGACAAUUUGGAGGAACACUGUUGGCUAAUGCCUGUGGACCUUGCAUAGGACAGUGGGAUCGCAAGGAUGUUAAAAAAGGAGAUAAGAACACAAUUGUCACUUCAUACAAUCGUAACUUCACUGGACGGAAUGAUGCCAAUCCUGCAACACAUGGCUUUGUGACCUCACCUGAGCUUGUCACUGCUCUGUCAGUGGCUGGCACACUUGACUUUGACCCUACCAGGGAUAAACUGAAGAGUGUAGAUGGUAAAGAAUUCAAAUUAAGUGACCCAUUUGCUGAUGAGUUACCAGCAAAAGGUUUUAGCCCAUGUGAGGAUACGUAUCAGACUCCCCCUGCAGAUAGUAGCAAACUGAAGGUGAAUGUUGAUCCAAAGAGCCAACGUUUGCAACUUCUUGAGCCAUUUGAUGCCUGGGAUGGAAAGGACCUCACUGACUUGACGAUAUUAAUUAAGGUCAAGGGCAAGUGUACAACCGAUCACAUCUCUGCAGCAGGACCAUGGUUGAAAUAUCGUGGUCAUCUGGACAACAUUUCUAACAAUUUAUUAAUUGGAGCUGUGAAUGCUGAGAAUGGGGAAAUGAACAAAGUGAAAAACCAACUUACUGGCGAAUGGGGACCUGUCCCAGAUGUUGCGAGAGCCUACAAAGCUAAGGGUGUCAGAUGGGUAGCUGUUGGAGAUGAAAACUAUGGAGAGGGAAGCAGCAGGGAACAUGCUGCACUGGAACCUCGAUACCUGGGUGGUAGAGCCAUCAUUGUCAGGUCUUUUGCUCGUAUCCAUGAGACCAAUCUGAAGAAACAGGGUCUGCUGCCACUCACAUUUUCUGACGCUGCUGAUUAUGACAAGAUAAAGCCUACAGAUAAGAUCUCACUUGUGGGUCUUAAAGAUCUUGCACCAGGGAAGCCUGUGACAGCAGAGUUGAAACAUAUAGAUGGCACAAAAGAACAAAUACAGUUGAAUCACACACUAAAUGAGCAGCAAAUACAGUGGUUCAAGGCUGGCAGCGCCCUUAACUAUAUAAAGCGAAUUACAGCAGGGAGGUAGACAGAUGGAAGAUAGUCCGUUACUGGUGCAACAAGAAGACAGCUAAGGACUGUAAUUACUGUGUAUGGCCAGUGUUGUGUGUACAUUGAUUGUGUUGUUUUAUAGUUGUAUUGAACAUUUUGUUUGUGUAAUAAUUUAUGCUCUAUCUAGUAGGCCAAUUUUGGCUUAAGUAAUACUCUCUUUUUAUUUCAGAUGUUUUGAAAUUGCUCUAAACAUCUUAUUAGUUUCUGUAAAAAUGUGCAUUGUUAAUUGACCAGUCUAGCAGAAAAUAAUGUAAGUUGAA